AUGAAACGUUUGCUCCAAUAUUUCUUGCUCCUAUUCUUAGUCACCACAGUCUGUUUUGCCAUCAUCCCUGCGGUUCACAGCCGAUGUAUUAAAGACCAGCAACUAUCAUUGCUCCAUUUGAAGAAAAGCCUUCAAUUUUAUCCUGACCCUUUAUCUUACCCAACCAAGGUUACAUCUUGGAAUUCAAGUACCGAUUGUUGUUCUUGGGUUGGUGUUACUUGCAGUAGCGAUGGGCAUGUCGUUGGUCUUGACCUCAGCAACGAAACUAUCAGCGGUGGCAUUGGCAACUCGAGCAGUCUCUUCGAUCUUCAACAUCUUCAAAGCCUCAAUUUGGCUGAAAACUAUUUUGACCAUGAGAUUCCAUCAGCAAUCGGAAAACUUGUGAACUUGAGGUAUCUAAAUUUAUCAUAUAAUACUUACUUUGGGGAAAUUCCCAUUGAGAUUUCACGCUUGACAAGGUUGGUUGUCCUUGAUAUGUCUGGGUCAGAAGACUCCAACAUUACGUCCCCGAAGUUAAGUAUGCUCUUUCAUAACCUCACAGAGCUUGCAGAGCUAUAUUUUGACCAUGUACAUUUGUCAGCAGAGGGGACUCACUGGUCCCAAGCGAUAUCCAAUCUGACAAACUUGAGGGUGCUGAGCUUGUCUGACACUGGUAUUUCAGGUCCCAUUGAUCAGUCCUCCUUCGCUCAGCUUCAGUCUCUCUCUGUGAUUCGAUUGGGUUUUAAUGAUAUCUCCGGUCCAAUUCCAGGAUUCUUUGCCAACUUUUCAAACCUGAGGGAGUUGGAAUGGGAUGUUAACAACAUCUCUGCUACGGUUCCAGGAUUCUUUGCCAAUUUUUCAGAGUUGACUUCCUUGAGUCUCAGAUCUUGUGGGUUGAAAGGAACAUUUCCCAAUGAGAUCCUUGAGGUACCUACUCUACAAACUCUUUACCUUUCGACCAAUGAUGAACUUCAUGGCACAUUGCCAGAAUUUCCAAGCAAUGCAUCUCUUCGGUCCUUAGUUCUAAGCGACACAAAAUUUUCAGGGUUACUGCCUGACUCUAUUGGCAACCUCAAAAAGCUGUCACUCCUAGAUCUUUCAUCUUGCAGUUUCUAUGGAUCAAUCCCAGAGUCAAUAGCAAACCUAACACAAUUGGUUGGUUUGCAAUUGGGAUCAAAUUGCUUCAAUGGUUCGAUUGAUUCUAUUCGCUGGGAAAACCUUAUUAAUCUGGUAGAUCUCCAAAUGGAUGGCAACCUACUUGAGGGGAGUAUUCCAUCGUCUCUCUUUUAUCUUCCCUUGUUGACAAGACUAGUACUUUCCGGCAAUCAAUUCUCUGGUAAACUUCAUGCAUUUGCUAACACCUCUUCCAACUUAUAUUCCCUUGAAUUGAGUUUCAACAAUUUGGAAGGACCAAUACCCACGUCUAUCUUUAAUUUCCAUCGGCUUCAAAUCCUUUUUCUUUCUUCAAACAAUUUCACUGGGUUUCUUUUUAGUGGUCCACAACAACUGAGAACUCUUACGGCCAUUGAUCUUUCACACAAUGGCUUGCUCAUGUUUUCUGAUGGCUCUUAUUCCACAUUUCCUGAAAUAGAGUUUUUGGAUUUGGCUUCUACCAAUUUGAGAACAUUUCCAGAUUUUUUGAGAAAUCAAUCCAAAUUAAUUUCUUUGGACCUUUCAGAAAACCAGAUUCAAGGCAAGAUACCCCAUUGGAUUUGGAGUUUAAAUCAUCUUGAUUACUUAAAUCUUUCUUGCAACUCUUUGGUAACUCUAGAAGCUCCUUUACAUAAUUCAACAGUGCUUACGCUUGAUCUUCACUCAAACCAACUCCAGGGACAAAUCCCUACUUUCAUACCAUUUGCUGUGUAUCUGGAUUACUCAAGCAACCAUUUCAACUCUAUACCAUCUGACAUUGGUUAUUUCCUCACUUUCACAUUGUCCUUCUCUCUUUCAAGCAAUAACUUGCAUGGGCUCAUCCCGGUGUCAAUAUGCAAUGUGGAAACUGAUAUUCAAAUUCUUGAUCUGUCCAAUAAUUUUCUGAGUGGCAUUAUCCCCCCAUGCUUGACUGCAAUGCGCAGUCUCAGAGUACUUAAUUUGGCAAGAAACAACCUCACUGGAACUAUUUCUAAUUUUCAAGUUACUGAAGAUAGUUCAUUAGAAAUUCUUGAACUUGGUGGAAAUCAGUUAGGUGGUCAAUUCCCUAAAUCUCUAGGUAACUGCACACGUCCAACAACUUUUAUGGAGGUAUUGGAUGCCCCAACACCCAGUGUUUUCAAAGGCAUGCCUAAGCGCGCAUCGGAGCGCGCGUCGGAGCGAGGCGGAGGGAAAUCGCCUUAG